AUUAUCUCAGAAUGCCAAAUGAUUGCUGUUGGGAGCAAAUCCACUGAUACUUGUGACAGAAACAUGGAAGCAGAAUCCAACGAGGAAGAUAAGCGUUUCAUUUACUUCAACCCUAACUUUUGUAUAAACAACAUAAAUGUCAAGGAGUUAGUCCUUCGAGCAGAACAAGCUGCCAGCGUUUCUAAAGCACCAGACACAUCAGCUCAGACAAAUCAGAAUACUUUGUCUCUCACUGGUAAUCAAAACAAUCCAUUUAGUUCUCCUCCAGCAGUACCUGCUUUCACCUCCGAAUCUGUAAGAAAUAACCCAGCCCCAGCCUUUCCAGGACCUUCUGAUAACCUGCCUGCUAAGAAACGAGUUGUUCUCCUCCCCACUCCUAAACCUAAUACUUUCAAGAUACCCCCGCCCAGACACCUUAACAAGGGUCCGGUUCCAGCACCAAGUUGGAUCAAGGACAAUCCCUUCUAUGCAAAAGACAUUGAUUGGAAUGACAGAGACCAUCCAUGGUACCAUCGCGAUCCAAAUUAUGUUAGCAAUCUGUUAAAUCUUGCUGCAGACUAUGCAAAGCGGCCUAACGAAAUGCCGAGAUGUCGGAUGCCUCCACUAUCUAAAAGAGAGCUAUUAUUCCGAAUGGAAAAAGAACACAAACAUGGGAAAUUGCUUUCAUCCUUGGUACCUUGUGCUGUCGAAAAGUUCAUUAGAUACAUGAAUGUGGUGAAAGAUCAGAUUGAUUUCGAUAUGCUCAGAAUUGAUUAUUCCAAAAAUCAGUCAUAUUCAGAAUGCAGGAGGAAGCGAUCAAUGAUGAAAGCAUUGGGUGUCAAUAAGUUCCAUUAUGUUAAUGAAAAAGCUGCUGAUGAGUUAUUUGCUAGGAGUCAGAAUUUAAAGGGCUUUAAAAAACAAAUCAGAAAAGAUCUGGACCUCUCAAAACUGGACACUUCUAAACUUACAGUUGGUCAAAGAAGAUUCUUGUUCAAGCAUCAUGUCCUGAAACAGGGUAAAACAGUUUAUGUGAACCCAGAUAAGGAUAAAACCCCUAGCUCUAGCUCCUCCUCUAGUUCUCCUCUUGUAGCUGUCAAUAAGUUUAAAGCAGUUUCCAAAGCAAGCCUUGUCCCAACUAAGAACCGGAAACUACGCCUGUCACUCCGCUACAGAAGGUCUGAUGAACCCAUUCUUCAAGACUGCAGAUUCUACAUAAAAACUGGGAAGUGCAAGUUUGGUGUUCGCUGUAUCAGAAAGCAUGAUCCAUCCAAACUUCCUACGAGAUUAAAGAAAGCGGCUGCAAGGAAGAUGCCCAAGUCGUCGUUUAGUGUGAACAAUAUUCCUAAACUUCCGAGACGGCCAUACAGUUCACUGCCCCCACCGCCACCAUUAAUACCAAUCUCUGAAUUAAAGUUAUCAAAACUUCCGGUUGUAAACCUGUCUAAGAAACCACCCUCCAGUGCUUCAGUUCCCUCUUCAAGCACUGCUUCACCUCCGACUACAAAUCCUGGUCAUGUGACCGCUCCAGCCGCCAGUCCUUCUCCUCGCAAUUCAAACUACAGAUUUAUCAACAACCCCAAACUGGGCCCCACUAAAGUAGGCCUCAAUAAAAAACUGGUAAAUCGCGCUCUCAAGUGGAAGAGGAAGACGGCCACGAGAAGAAAGCAGGACUGCAUGUUUUUUAUCCGACGGGGAAAGUGUGCGUUUGGUGAGGAGUGUAGGAAGAGACAUGAUCCUGCUAAAGUCACCCUGUGUAACCACUUUAUCUUCUACAACCGUUGCAACAACUCUCAGUGUCCCUUCCAGCAUAAGCUGAUAAAGGAGAAGAUGCCGCUCUGUCUAUACUUCUACGCUAACAAGUGCUCCAAAGAAGACUGUCCGUUUCUACACGUUAAAUUGGGUAUUGAUGUACCUGUCUGUGAGAAGUUUACUGCUGGUCACUGUGAGAAAGGAACUAACUGUACAAAGCGACACACACGUGACUGUGAAACUCACUUCACCACUGGUUUCUGUCUGGACACUGAGUGCACCUUGCUACACCAGAAGAUACUCAGGACCCGGACUUACUCUUUUAGCUCCAUUGACAAUGCAAUGGACGUGGAUAGACCCUACUUUGAUGGAGAUGAUUUUAUUCCUAUCGGACUUGGCAGGAUUGAGGACAACGCCUCUCCAGAUAUUCUGAAAAUGUUGGAUUCUGACGUGGAGUCCAUUGCUGGAUCACUAGCCGAAUGUGAUUCUUUAGACUGAUGGAAUACGAACGGUGAAGCAGCUUGGAACCUCAAAUGUCUUAUAGGUACUCAAUGCAACGUUGUACUGGAUGCACAUUGCACGUGCAAAGUAUGGUAGUCCCUACGAGUCAAGUAAGUCUUCAUUGUAGUGUACAAUGUAUUUAUAUUGGUGUGUCAUAGUACCAUCUUCAGAAAAUUCAGGGUGAAGCGGUUCUCUCUGAAUAUGACUAUGUUUGAAAAUGAAUACUGUUCAGUGUUCACUGCUGAUGCAUUAUCUAAAAUCCAAUAAUUUCUACUUCAUUAAAGCUAUUUUGGAGGGUCAGCUGUAAUUCAUGUUGCAAUGUAAUUAAAUAUUUAUAUGGUUCCACGUCCUGUACGACUAAUGGUACCACCGCCCGCCUCCAAGUUCUAAAUUAAGCUUUCAUCUGCGCCACUCCCAAUUCUUCAUUUUCUUUGCUGUUACCAUUUCCAUCCGACGAGCUCAUUAUUUAGUUCUCCAUAUAAUACAUCAAAGCUGUAAGGAUCGUUUUAUUAUGCUGCAUGUUUCCCUUCUACCAUAUUUUGAGGGUAUUUCUCAAUGUGCUGUCUUCAGUCUUUGUUUUUUUAACAAGUCAUAUUCGCUCAGAGGGAAUUUCUAUAAUCACCUGAUUAGUAUUUAUCUUGUUUUUUUAUUCAGAAAAAGACUGUUUUAAUGUUUUUAAAGUAAAGUUACUUUAUUUUUAUCAGUAUCAUCUAAAAUAAGACAUUCAAAUGCUGUCGCCAAGCUUUCAUUAAUAAAGCAAGAAAAAAAGGAAAAAAAAGUUUAAAUAUUACAAGAUUAUCUGAACUCAAGAUACGUAAGAUUAUUGUAAAUUUCAUUUCAUACUAUCUUUUUGCAAUAA